GGCCCUCUGGGAGGGAACGGGAGGAGCAAAGGGGCCUAGAGGGCUCCGCGAAAAACUGUGAGAGGCUGGCGGCCGGCGGGAUAGGCGACCGGGGUGGACUGGCCCGAGAGGGAGCCCAGUUCCCCGUACAGCCCGAGGAGGCCGCCUAGAGGGCGGACAGACCGACGGCUGGGAGGGCCAGCAUGCCCCCAUUGCUACACCCCGCCCUGCCGCUGCUCCUCGGCGCCACGCUGACCUUCCGGGCGCUCCGGCGCGCGCUCUCUCGCCUGCCUCUCCCGGCGCACGUGCAAGCCGACCCUCUGCGCACCUGGCGUUGGCACAACCUGCUCGUCUCCUUCGCCCAUUCCAUUGUGUCAGGGAUCUGGGCACUGCUGUGUGUAUGGCAGACCCCCGAAAUGCUGGUGGAGAUUGAGACGGCAUGGUCGCUUUCUGGCUAUCUGCUCGUUUGCUUCUCCACAGGGUAUUUCAUCCACGACACAGUGGACAUUGUGGUUAGUCGUCAGGCUCGAGCUUCUUGGGAAUACCUCGUCCAUCAUGUCAUGGCCAUGGGUGCCUUUUUUUCAGGCAUCUUUUGGAGCAAGUUUGUAGGUGGGGGCGUCCUCACGCUGCUGGUGGAGGUCAGCAACAUCUUCCUCACCAUCCGAAUGAUGAUGAAGAUCAACAAUGCCCAGGACCUCCUCCUUUACCGGAUCAACAAGUAUGUCAACUUGGUCAUGUAUUUUCUCUUCCGCCUGGCCCCUCAGGCCUACCUCACCUAUUUUUUCCUGCAAUAUGCAGGCCAGAGGACCCAGGGCACCUUUCUGCUGGGUAUCCUGCUCAUGCUGGACAUUAUGAUUCUCAUCUAUUUUUCCCGCCUCCUCCGCUCUGAUUUCUGCCCUGACCGUGUACCCAGCCAACAACACAAAGACAAAUUCUUGACGGAGUAAGAGGCACAGAGCCUGGGACUUGUGGCAAGGACAAAAAACACAAUCAAGGGAGAACAGCCCCACACAUAAACUGAGAUGAGCCCCAAACCUGGGGCAUCCAGCCUCUCCACCUGUCAAGCCUGCACCCACUAUUGAAAACACUAAUGAAAACACUCUGAAGUCCUUGUCCUUUCUUGGGCAAGGGGUGAGCGAAGCAGACAGACCGGUUGGACAUGGUAGGUGGGUGUGGGGACAAGGUGCUACGUGAGAGCCAGCCAACCCACACUGCCCUGAAAUGGAUGCUAAUAAACUCUUGGUAUUGGU